AUAUUAAUUGCGAUGAACAUGUAGGUUUUCUAAUCAUUUCCUGGAAAUUCUAUUUUUCUCUUUCUUCUUAACCAUUUAUAAAAAAAAAAUACAGCCAGGAAAAAUACGAUCUAUAGACAAUUUUUUGGUUCAUUCUUCCGUCUUCUUUCUCCUUUUCUUCUCCUAACGGAAGAAAUACUGCUGAGUUGUUCAUAAAGAACCAAACGUCCUAUUACCAGUCUGUUCCUUGCUGGAGAACGUACUCUCUUGAAAUUUUAUUUAAAAAACUCAAAACUUAAAAUCUGAGUUUUCGGUUUCUUGAACUGUUCAUUAAGCUCUGGUCCUCAAGUCUAUCCUUUCAUGGGACCGUUACUUCUCGUGGAUUUCUGAUCUUAGAAAGGUUUUGAUAUUGUUGGGUCAAGAAUCAAGAUGGGUGGUGAAAAGUUGGUAACUUUGGUAUUGGUUUCGUGCUUGUUCUGCACCUGCUGCCAUGGAUUCACGCCUCAGGACAAUUACUUAAUCAACUGCGGCUCACCCUCCAAUUCCAGCCUCAUGGAUCGAGUCUUCAUGUCCGAUAAGCUCGCCUCCAACUUACUCUCCUCUGACAACCAAGAGAUCCUCGCGAGUCAAAGCAGCAGCAGCAGCUCAGACAUCUACCAGACGGCCAGAGUCUUCACCGGAGUCGCUAGCUACAAAAUCUCCGUCGCUCGUGGCCGUCACUGGGUUCGUCUCCAUUUCAAUCCCUUCAACUACCAAACCUACCAAAUGGGAUCUGCCAAAUUCGCGGUUUCGUCACAGACUCAUGUGCUCUUAAGCGACUUCACGGUUAAGAGCAGAGAUGUAAAAGAGUACUCUUUGAAUGUAGAGACCGAUGAUCUCGUCCUCACGUUUACUCCCUCUGGUGGUUCCUUUGCGUUUGUGAACGCUAUUGAGGUUAUAUCCGUGCCCGCCUCAUUGAUCACUUCUUCUCCUCCCCCGAGGGUAGUAGGCGGCUCAGGGGCCUUUCAGGGGAGCUUGUCAUCGCAUGCUUUCGAAACCAUUCAUAGACUGAACAUGGGCGGUUCGCUUGUUACCCCUAACAACGAUACUCUCACAAGAACUUGGCAGCCCGACUCGGGUUUUCUCCUCGAGAAGAAUCUAGCUAAAACUGUGUCUAAGAUUCCAACUGUUAACUUUGUUCCAGGCUAUGCAACGGAGGAGACUGCGCCAAAAACUGUGUAUGGUACUUGCACUGAGAUGAAUUCCGACCAAAACCCCAAUGCCAUUUUCAAUGUCACGUGGGCGUUCGACGUUGAUCCGGGGUUUCAGUACUUUUUACGCUUCCACUUCUGCGACAUCGUGAGCUUGUCUCUCAACCAGCUGUAUUUCAAUCUUUACAUUGACUCCAUGCUCGCUGUUACCGAUCUUGAUCUCAGCACUUAUGUGGAUAACACCCUGGCUGGUGCAUACAGCAUGGACCUUGUUAUGCCCUCUCCUAAGAGUAGUAAUAAAAUGCGUGUCAGCAUUGGUCCUUCAACUGUCCACACUGAUUACCCAAACGCGAUUGUGAAUGGAUUGGAGAUCAUGAAGAUGAACAACUCUCGAGGUCAGCUAAGCGACGGGGCAUUUCUGCCAGGUGGUGGUCCCAGCACUAAGCAGAAGAAUGUUGGUUUGAUUGUAGGCGCAACCGUUGGUCCGUUGCUCGCGUUAGCCCUCUUGGGAGUUUGCUUUGUGUUCUUCUGUAAGAAGCGGAAACUUGGCCAAGAUGGUUACUCCAAGACUUGGAUGCCGUUUUCGAUUAAUGGAACUUCAGUGGGAAGCAAAGGUUCACGUGGAACCACGCUCACAAGUAUAACUACAAACGCCAACUACCGUAUCCCCUUUGCAGCGGUUAAAGACGCUACAAACAACUUCGACGAGAGUCGCAACAUUGGUGUGGGAGGUUUUGGCAAAGUCUACAAAGGAGAGCUUAACGAUGGCACUAGAGUAGCUGUGAAGAGAGGGAACCCAAAGUCUCAGCAAGGGCUUGCUGAGUUCAGGACAGAAAUAGAAAUGUUAUCACAGUUUCGUCACCGCCAUUUGGUUUCUCUGAUCGGUUACUGCGACGAGAACAACGAGAUGAUACUGGUUUACGAGUAUAUGGAGAAUGGAACGGUGAAGGGUCAUCUUUACGGCUCGGGUCUUCCUAGCUUGACUUGGAAACAACGCCUUGAGAUCUGCAUUGGCGCGGCUAGAGGAUUGCAUUACCUUCACACGGGUGACUCGAAACCUGUCAUCCACAGAGACGUGAAGUCCGCAAACAUAUUGCUUGAUGAGAACUUCAUGGCGAAAGUUGCAGACUUUGGACUGUCUAAGACCGGACCUGAGCUCGAUCAGACUCAUGUGAGUACUGCUGUGAAAGGAAGUUUCGGGUAUCUUGACCCUGAGUACUUCAGAAGGCAACAGCUCACUGAGAAAUCAGAUGUCUACUCCUUUGGCGUUGUUCUGUUCGAGGUUCUCUGUGCUAGACCUGUUAUAGACCCUACGCUUCCGAGAGAGAUGGUGAAUCUUGCGGAAUGGGCGAUGAAGUGGCAGAAGAAAGGGCUGUUGGAUCAGAUCAUUGACCAGUCGCUUCGCGGUAACAUCAGACCUGAUUCGUUGAGGAAGUUUGCGGAGACAGCAGAGAAAUGUUUGGCUGAUUACGGAGUGGACAGGCCAUCUAUGGGAGAUGUGUUGUGGAAUCUUGAAUACGCUCUGCAGCUGCAAGAAGCGGUGGUUGAUGGCGAACCAGAAGAUAACAGCACAAAUAUGAUUGGAGACUUGCCUCCACAGAUCAACAAUUUCAGUCAGGGAGACACGAGUGUUAACGUACCGGGAACCGCGGGACGGUUUGAGGAAUCGAGCAUUGAUGAUCUCUCUGGUGUUUCAAUGAGUAAAGUAUUCUCUCAACUUGUGAAAUCCGAAGGAAGGUAAUCAGAGAUUGGCAAAUGGCAGUGCCCGUAAAAGGGCAAAUUUUGUUUAUGAUCUUGUAUAAGAUGUUACGAGGAAAAAACACAGAGGUCUUUUGUCUGCUCGACAUCUUCUGGAGUAUGUAUUUUCUUGCAGAUUGAUUAAUGUUCAUUCGAAGUUGUCUAAUAUUUGUUUGUUCUUUGUUUCUAAGGAUGUUUUUAACAAUCUUGUUGUUUCAGUUAUACUGUUAGGUAUAGAAGUUAAAACUUACUACUU